CGCGGGGCGCAGGCGCAGGUCGGGCUCAGCGCUGGGCCGGCGGCGGGCGCGUGCGGCCGGGGCCAUGAGGCGGCGGUGCGCGGUGCAGCGGAAGGUGCCGUGCCUGUUCGUGACCGAAGUGAAGGAGGAGCCGUCGGCCAAGCGGGAGCGCCAGCCAUUUAAAGUUUUGGCAACUGAGACUAUAACUGAAAAGGCACUAGAGGCAGAUAUAUACAAUGCGAUUCCUACUGAAAAGGUGGAUGGAACCUGCUGUUAUGUGACUACCUAUAAAGGGCAACCCUAUCUAUGGGCCAGGCUGGAUCGAAAACCCAACAAACAAGCUGAAAAAAGGUUUAAACGAUUCUUGUAUUCUUUGGAAGACUGCAAAGAAUUUGUUUGGAAUGUUGAAGAGGAUUUCAAGCCUGUUCCAGAUACCUGGAUUCCAGCAAGGGACAUAGAGUUCUCUAAUGGCAAUCCUUUGCCUGAUGAAAAUGGACAUAUGCCAGGUUGGGUGCCUGUGGAGAAGAGCAGUAAGCAGUAUUGCUGGCACUCCUCUGUUGUCAAUUAUGAGGCUGAAAUAGCGCUGGUAUUGAAACACCACCCUGAGCCAGGGCUUCUGGAAAUCAGCCCGGUGCCAUUAUCAGAAAUUUUAGAACAAACAUUGGAGCUUAUUGGGACAAACAUUAAUGCAAAUCCAUAUGGAUUAGGAAGCAAGAAGCAGCCUGUACAUCUCCUCGUACCACAUGGAGCAUUUGAAAUAAAGAAUCCCCCUGCUUUGAAACAAAAUGACAUAGUGUCUUGGUUUGAAGGCUGCAGUGAGGGUAAAGUUGAAGGAAUUGUGUGGCACUGCCAUGAUGGGUGUUUAAUCAAGCUCCAUCGCCAUCAUCUUGGUUUACGCUGGCCGCUUGCCGAGACAUACCUGAAUUCUCAGCCUGUUGUCAUUUCUUUUAAUAGAACUAAAUAUGACUGUGACUUUGAACCAAAGAGUUUGUUUCACCAUUUUUCAAACUUGGACGGGCAAAGAUUUGACAGACUCAAAGAUAUCAAGUUUGAUGCUUGAAGUGAUUUUUCUCUCAAGUUGAUUGUCGUAUGUGCUGCAUUCCUCUUACUUCUGUCUACACAAAGCUCUUUGCAAAGAACCCUCUGGCUUAGGCAGCAGCCCAGAUACUGUAUGAGCCUAAGUGACUCAUUUUAUAUAACGAGAGUUCCACCAUCCAGAGCAGAGAUCUAGCCUUCAGCAUGCUUAUUUUCCGGUCUGAAAAAUCCUUAACUUUUGAACCCAUUUCUGGAAACUGUUAUAAUUGUUGUCUAACAUUGGCUGGUCCUAAUAGCUUAGCUAAUGGAUGCAAUCAACUGUAAAAGUUCCAUAGGUUGCACUACUAUAAAUAUAAUUAUUAUGACACUGUUACAUGUAGGAACCAGUUUUAGGAUCUAGUUGUUUUUUAAGUGUAAAGGACAUAUUUCAGGCGGGGCCACAAUUAGUUCUGCAAUUUGAUAAUUUUUUUUAAAGCUGUAAUAAUUUCUUUGGGGGUGGGGGGAGCAGAACUUUUCACUGUAUUAUUUAACUCCUAGCUGCAGCAUUAUCCUACUACUUGAAAAUCUAAUUAAGCUACAUCCUACAGGUAAUUCCACUAUUUUGGGACAAAAAGAGUAAAUAAUAGAAAGUAUACUACUGUUUUGGAGAUCCUUAGUAAUUAGAGAGAAACAUGACUUGGCUUAAUACCCAUUUUCAGACUGCAUGUCAAUUAGGAAACUUCAUCAGGGGCAUAUUAAUUAAGAUGCCAUAUUAAUAAUACAGGUGAGAACAUGUGAUCAUUUGAGUUUGCUUUAUUUAUCUGUGCUAUAAAAGUAUACAUCCAGCUAUAUAAAAUAUACAAAAUGAAAAAACAUUUAUCUAUAAAAAUACCAUUAGUUUGGCUGAAAUACUAUAACUUUAUUUUCAGUUCUUCUUGGGUUUUCUAAAAUUGAGGUAAAAAUCCAGCACACUGACCCUGAGUCCAUAGUUAAGAAGUAUGAUAGCAUGAACAGCAAGAACAAAUGACAUAUUCUCACAAAUCUGGAACUUAGCACAUCUUUAAGAGUUUCUCAACUUCUAGAAUAAGUCCAAGGUUUUGACUUCACCUGACCCGUGUGUAUUACCCAAAUUACUGUUCUGAAUGAAAAUACCGUAUUUCAAAGGAGUUGGGAGAGGUAAAACUCAUUUUUAUUUUGACUGGUGUAUAUAAAUACUGACCAUAAUCUGUUGACUAAUCCAAUUCUGCACUCUUAGGUAUGUGCCAAACUAUUGUAACUUUAAUAGAAUUGUAUCAUUCCGCGAUAAAAACAGACAAAUAAAUCAGUAUUAUGUGA